CACUUUUACCUGAGAAUCCUCUGCAGGAACCAUUUUAAAAUGCUUGGAACUAUAUGUUGAAUAAUUAUACAAAGUUCCAGAUUGCAACAUGGGGAUCCCUCAUAGCUCAUGAGGUCCUUUAUUACUUGCUCUGUUUACCUGGAUUUUUGUUUCAAUUUAUACCUUACAUGAAAAAGUACAAAAUUCAAAAGGAUAAACCAGAAACGUGGGAAAAUUAGUGGAAAUAUUUUAAAGUACUUCUCUUUAAUCACUUUUGUAUCCAGCUUCUUUGAUUUGUGGAACCUAUUAUUUUACAGAGUAUUUCAAUAUUCCUUAUGAUUGGGAAACAAUGCCACGAUGGUACAUGCUUUUGGCAAGAUGCUUUGGCUGUGCAGUGAUUGCGGAUACCUGGCACUAUUUCCUGCAUAGGCUCUUAAACCACAAAAGAAUACAUAAGCAUAUUCAUAAAAUUUGUCAUGAGUUUCAGGCUCCAUUUGGAAUGGAAGCUGAAUAUGCACAUCCUCUGGAAACCCUAAUUCUUGGAACUGGAUAUAUCAUUGGAAUCAUGCUUUUAUGUGAUCCUGUUAUUCUUCUUUGGGCCUGGGUGACCGUUCAUUUGACAGAAACUGUUGAUGUCCGUAGUGGUUACGACAUUCCUCUCAACCCUUUAAAUCUCAUUCCUUUCUAUGCUGGUUCUCAGCAACACGAUUUCCACCACGUGAACUUCAUUGGAAACUAUGCUUCGACAUUUACAUGGUGGGAUAGACUUUUUGGAACAGACUCUCAAUUUAUUGCCUACAAUGAGAAGGUGAAGAAGGUUGAGAAAAAGACUGAAUAA